AUUAAAUAUAUUAAUAAAUUUCAACGAAACAAACGACAAAGUAGAAAAACAAUGCACAAAUGACGCUGCAACGACAUAAAACGAACUGCCACCAACAAAGGAAACAAAAAUCAAAGAAUAACAAAAACUGCCACCAACUGCUGCCCCCAGCGGCUGCCACAAAAUGGGGAGGUAACCACAUAUGUUUAUUGUUUAUCCUGGCCCUGUUGUUGUCCCUGGGCCAACUAGGUCGAGCACAGCAAUCGGAGCAAGAGCUCAAUCUACCCCAAUCCGAUUUGGAAGUUGAGUUGCUGCCAGAAAAUGAUUUGGAGUUUGCCAGUCUCGAUGGCGCCACAGCACAUUUGUUGCCUGCCACACAGGCGCCAAUGCCGCCCCUUCCACUCCCCUCCUCCACCUCAACGGUGACCUCAUCGCCAUCAUCAUUGGGACAACAGUCAACGUCAUAUACAGAGCUACAGGGUGGCGAAAUCCUUGGCGAACGCAUUCUACGACUCAGCGAGAGCCCCUAUCUGGCACGCGAUGACUUGGAAGUGAUUCGUGGAGCUCGUCUGACCAUUGAACCGGGUGUUACCAUAGAAUUUGCCCCCACCAAGGGAUUGCAAGUGAAAGGAGUUCUACAAGCAGUGGGCACUCCCACAUCACGCAUAGUAUUCAAAUCGCAAUCAAAUGUAGCCAAUUAUAAAAUGGAAUUACCCGAUGAUCAGGAAAAAGGAAUACGCUUAGUAGAUGGUCCAACACCAGUGGAAGGCAGACUACAAUUGUUCCACAAGGGAACCUGGCGUUCGGUGUGCUCCAAUUCAAGAAAUUGGACCUUGGCGGAUUAUGCAGUGGCCUGUAAGCAACUUGGCUAUAGAGGCGGACGUUUCUGGAAUUGGGUGGAACGCACUCCAGGCUAUUAUCCACGUUUGCUUUAUGAGCAGCCCAAGUGUCAUGGAGGUGAGAGUGCUGUCAACCAAUGCUCGGCCUGGAAUACCCGGCAAAUGGGCGCCGGUUCGUGUGAUUAUCACAACGAUUUGGGUAUACAAUGUCAGCCAGUGCAUUCAGAACCCUUGGGUCAUUGGCGUGGCAUAUAUUUUGAUAAUGCUCCAUCAACGAAAUCUUUGGGACGCGAUAACAUUGUCUAUGCAGCUCAAUCGGAAUCGAAAUUGAAAUAUGUUGAUAUUAUACGAGCUGGCAAUGGCUAUGGAUUUGCUGCAAAAUCCGCUAUGGAAGUUCAGGGUCUACCGCCACAAAUGGAACAUGUGGUCAUCAGUCAUUCAGCCUAUACAGGAUUCAAUAGCACCAAACCAUGGGCAGGAUUUCAAUUGAGAAACGUUACCAUACGCAAAAGCAACGGCAUUGGCAUUUUUGUGAAUUCCAGUCAAGGAUUAGUGAAUUUAGAUGGUUGCUCUGUGGUGGAUAAUAGCGCCGAUGGCAUUAAAUAUGUUGGACACGAUUUACGUGGCACCGAGCGUACGGAUCGAGCUAGUAUAUAUGAUUUUUGUACUCUACCCACAACAUCGGGACAAACGUAUCCUAUUUCACUGACAUUUACACAAAAAUAUUAUGCCGGUGCGGCAAAAGAAUGUGGCAAAUAUUUCUUUACACGUUCGGGUUAUUAUCUUACGCUGCAUUUUGAGCAUUUUGUUCUAAUGCAAAAUGAGACGGCAACGGUGGAAAUCUACGAUGGAGCAUCGACAAAUGAUCGAUUAUUGUUUUCAUGGCAAGCGAGAAAUUACACACGACCGCAAAGUGUCACGAGCACGAGGGAAAAGAUGUUUGUGAGGAUCAAAGCGGAUGCCCGACAGGAGGUGAAUGCCUAUUUUCGCAUAACCUCAGGUGAUGCAGUGGCCUACGAUUUACGUUUGGCGGAAUCCACCGUGGAGGAUAAUGGCGGACGUGGCGUGGCUAUAGAUAAUAUCAGAUCAAAGUUACAUGUUCAUAGUAGUUCCAUAUCGGGUAAUGGUCAUGUGGCUGGUGUUCAUGUCACUUCGGGUGCUGGAGAUGUCAAUAUUACGAGUUCCAAUAUUAGUUUCAAUAAUGGCGCUGGCGUUAAUAUCACCUACUAUGGCGGUAAUCGUAAUAUAUCCCGUUCAUCUGUGAAUUCAAAUCGUGGCUAUGGCAUAGCAACUUGGCUGAAUCAUACCACCGAUGUGCAACGCAUCGAAUAUAUACCCUUUAAUCAGACAAGCGUCGUGGAAUACUCACAUAUUGGUGGUAACUUGGAAACUGGUGUCUUCCAUGGCAACUAUUGUCGUCCCAUCUGGGUGAAUGUGACGGGAAAUCAAUUUAAUGGCAGUCAACAAAAUGAUAUUUUCAUCGAAUCCUGCUAUCAACGUACGGCAAAUGGUCAACCUAAUCUUCAAUUGCAAUUGGGUCACAAUCAAUUCAAAUACUCGCAGGCGAAUUCCAUAAUAUUGAGUCCAGCAUUGAAUCUGCAGGGAAAAAUUGAGUACAAUAUGUUUCGUUUCGGUUCCUAUGGGUGUAUAUAUGUCAAUAAUGAUUACAUCUUUCCCGAAUUCAAUUAUUUUCCUGUGAAACUUUUGAUCCAAAGCAAUUAUUUUACACGAAACAGUGGAGUACAUGUCAUAUCGCUUGCCCUAUCGCCCUACAGCCGAGCGGAAGUUCAAUAUAUACUCUUCACCCGAAACUUUGUGAGAGGCAACAAUAUAACCGAAGCUUUUGGUCCAUUGAUCGCGGGCAGUGAAGGUUCCGAUGGUUCGGGACGUUUAAAUCCACGAUCACGUGUCGCUGCUCCAGUGGUCGUGGGUUCCAGUAAUAUUGAUAUCUUUCGAAAUAUUUUACAUAACUUCGAUUCGGCAUACGAAAUUGGUUCUCAACUGACCGAUCAGAGUCAGAUAAUCAAUGCCACCUACAAUUGGUUGGGUCAUGCGGAUGAGAAACGUAUCUACGCCCGUCUCUUUCAUCGCAAUGAUCGCUACAAUUUGGCCAAAAUCAAUUAUCUACCAUUUCUUCUGCACAGUUCGAAUCCGGGAACAACGGCGAUGAUUAAAGUCUCGACAGUGGUGCCCAGUUUCUUCCCCGAUGGUGGCGACAUCAUAGGCGGUGAAGUUGAUGGUCAGGAGUCUAUACCACCGGGCACUUAUACAGUUACCAAGGAUAUUAAUAUACGUCCGGGUGGCAAAUUAAUUUUACAACCUGGUACGACUCUACGCUUCGAGCCAAGUGUCGGCAUGAUGGUCGCUGGCAAAUUGGAGGCACGUGGCAGUCGUCCCGAUGAUAUACUUUUCACACUCAAACGUCAAACCAUUAUCAGUGAUCAUAAUGAUACGGAAACUAUAGAUUUGGAUAGCGAGACGGAGGCCAUAGAUAUGGAAACGGAAGCUGUGCCCUCAGGUGAUGCAAUUCCACGAGUGCCAGUCCGUUUGGUGGGUGGUCUUGGAGGGGCUCACGAAGGACGCUUGCAAUUGUACUUAAAGGGACGUUGGGGCACUGUCUGUGAUUAUGGUUGGAAUGUCUUAAACGCCGCCUUGGUGUGCCAUCAAUUGGGUUACUCAUUGAAUCCACAGGAUUGGCGUCUUUUGCGUUCACAAUUGCCCAGUGCCGGCACUUCAGAAGAUAUCCUGGUGGCCAAUGUUCGAUGUACGCCCCACGAUCGGGAUGUAACCAAAUGUCGCGCCGAAUAUGAGUUCGAGAAUAGUUGCAGCCAUGAGAAUGAUGUGGGCAUACGUUGCUACGAGGGAGCCUGGGCGGGAGUACGUUUCAGUAUGCUGGCCGAACGUGCCGAUCUUCAGUAUGUUACGGUUGAGAAGGCUGGCCUCUUUGAUUAUACCACAAAUGCCUUUAGGCCGGCCGUUCAAAUGGAUCAUGCCCGCCACAAUUUGGAAAACGUACGUGUCGUUAACAAUCUGCAAGAUGGUCUUGGUAUUAUCUAUGCCGAUAUCUAUGCUGGCAAAUCGGUCAAUAAUAUAAAAAAUUCGGAAUUUUCUGGUAAUCGUGGCAGUGGCAUUAGCAUGAAGCAAUUGGAUUUCCGCAUCUCUGGCUCAAUCAUUAAAGAGAAUUUGGGUAGUGGCAUUUCCCAUGAUGCUGUCAUCUCGGCCAUGGAUCAAAAAGAAAUUGGCGGUUGGUUUUAUAUGGCAACAGAUUUCAAUUCCUUUGGCACCGAUUAUGUUCCAUAUGUCCUGCCCCAUCCGACUGUGUCGAAUAUCGAUUUGGGCACAUUUGAGCAAAAGUACAUAAGAACCGAGGAACUGUUGGGUCAAUCAAUCAGUCAGAAAAUCGUCGUACAAUGUCCAGCCGGUUAUGUCAUUGGCAUACAACUAUUGAAUCCUAUUCACAAUUUAUCUACCGAAAGUAUAACCAUAUUAAAUGCACGCACCGAAAACAUACGCAGUGAUUUGUGGCAAGUAAAACGGGACUUAAAUGUCUUUCCGGUUACGAGCAGUAGUUAUGGCAUCAUAAUCUACUAUAAAAGUGGUCUGCAGGCAUUGGGCGGAGCCGUUUUAAUGCUGAGUACAGUCACAGCUCCCGUGCAAAAUAUACGUAAUCGUAUAGUAAGUGGUCCAGUGCCCACGUUAACCAUACGCUCGACGAAAAUUCAAAAAAAUCUAAGAGGUAUUACGGGUUAUUAUUACAAUCGGUAUAUUGGCGAUAAUGGUGAAUUCUAUUUGCGUAAGGCCAAUGAAUCCAUUAAAUUGGUCAAUUCGGAAAUCAGUUAUAAUCAACGUGAAGCUGUUUUCAUUAAAUCACCAUUCUGGGAUGUUAUAUCGAGUAAUCUAAGCGAGAUAACACUGCAAAUCAAUUCAUCGUUGAUAACCCAAAAUGGUUUGGGCAUACGACAACGUUCCAAGGAUUUGCGUUCAUCGAACAAUCUGUUUCAUUAUGUCAUUCAGGAUACAACAGUGGAGCAGAAUACUCAUGGUGGUUUCCAUGUGGAUUUACCAUAUGUUUGGCAAUACAAUGAGAAUUUCACACAUUCCAUUUACUUUGGCAAUAGCACGUGGCAGAGAAAUAAAGACUUUCAAAUUGCGGUGCAAGGACAUUACACGGUCUUCAAUAUAACCUCAAAUGUUUUCCGUGAUAACAAUUGCCCAAAUGCUUUAAUUUCGCUCGAUGGCAUGGAGAAACGUUUACGUUUCGAUAACAAUCGUUUCGAAUCGAAUAAUGCUAAAUUCAUAUUGUUAUUCAAAGCUGAUAGCUUGAGUGAGAUAUUGGGACAAGUACCGGCAAGCAUUGAAUACAAUUCGUUUAAACAAAAUAGCAUUGUUACCAUGAUGUCCUCAAAUUAUCGUCAUUUUAUGAAGGCCGCGAGACGUGUACGGAAACAGCAUCAAUUACCCACGGCCGUGAUACGUUUGGAUGGCGUACAAAAUGUUCGAUUAUAUCGCAAUCUAAUGGCCGAUAAUGAAAUGGAUUAUAAUCUGGUGGCGGGUGUUAGAUCGGCACGCUUGAACAACUAUUUCGAGGCUCGUGAAAAUUGGUGGGGUUCAAAGGAUGCCAAUUAUAUUGAAUCGAAAAUAUUCGAUUUCGAUAAUUGGAAUGAUCAUGCCGAUGUUAUAUAUCAACCAUUCCUAAUUGAGGAUAGCUUUGAGGCAAGUGUUUCGGUUGUGACACCAUUCAAUCAGCAGGAUCAAGACAUCGAUCUAUCGACCUAUCGCGGUGGUCGUGUCUAUAAGGAUUUGCUGCUAAAACGACAACAGACACCCUAUUAUAUAUCAUCGGAUAUCACUGUAAUGCCAGGACAAACAUUGACAAUACAACAUGGCGUUAGCAUGGAAUUUGAACCGAAUGUUGGUAUACUAGUCUUGGGAACAUUGAUUGCUGUUGGCUAUCAGGAAUCACCGAUUAUCAUGCGACCUUUUAAGAAUGCAUCCCGUGAGGCUUUGAUGGCAGCGCCGCCGCCGCCAAGAAAACGUCGGUCCUUGGAGGACAUGAGUGCCGCUCUAACUGACUUUGAUUCAAUAAGACUUUGCACUAGCUCGAAUAAUUGCACUGGAGAUACGGAUGGCCUGUUUGGUUUGAAUGAAGGUUUCCUGGAGUACUUUAAUCAUACUACCCUUCAAUGGGUUCCAAUUUGUGAUGGUCGUUUCACAGAACGCAAUGCUCAAGUUGUUUGCCGUGAAUUGGGAUACGAUCCUCUAAACGUUUACUAUGGACACGAUCGUCGCAUUGAAUUUCACACAAACUCACUGACUCGGAUUUGGUCGUGGGUUCAGCCACUGGAAUGUCGCGGCGAUGAAGAACGCAUGGAGGAUUGUUCGGAACGUUUGAAUGGUCAGCUUUAUGGUCAUCGUCAUGAAUGCAAAUGGGAUGAUGUCUUCGUAUUUGUUAGCUGUAAUAGCAUGGCCGAUGAUGAAGUCUAUUGGGGUGGCAUACGCUUUGCCAAUUCCAAAUUCGAAGAGAUCCAAUACGAACAUCGUUCACUUCAUAAUACCCGUUCAUAUGGCCAAAUGCCGCAACGGGAAAGUCAAUUGGAAUAUGUGCGCAUCGAACAAGCUGGCAUUCUGCAUAAUCACAAAUCGGCGGCAAUUCAAGCUAUACACAAGAAUCCUUCCAUUGCCUCGGUUACCAUUGAGAAAUCGGCAAAUCAUGGCAUCAAUCUAAUUGCACCCAGUGGCAAACUUAAUCUCAAUCAUUUGAAUAUCACAAAAACUCUGGGCACAGGCAUCAGCAUUGUCUCACUCACUGGCGAAGGUCGUGACAGCGAUGAAUCCAGUUUCACGCCACUUAAGAGUCUCGAUUUGCCGUAUAAGGUAUUCUCUCUGGUCGACAUCUGUGACCCUCAGAAGGUCUUGACCAUUGAGGAACGCAUGUUGAUCUACUACAAAUACGAUAAUAAUCCAGUGAAUUGUGUCAAGAUCUUUACAUCGGCCUAUCGAGCCAAGCCCAUAGGUUUUCGAUUGCUACAAUCGAAUUUGUUCAAUCAUUCCAAACUUUAUGGCAGAACGGACUUUAUAAAACUAUACGAUGGCGACAUCUACAAUGUUACGGCAACAUAUUUGGGUAAAAUUGAAUCCGAUACGGAUAAUCAACGGUCAUUCUUCAAGACCAAAGGACCAACAAUGAGUCUGCAACUGGUGGCGAGUGGAGCACCCGAAACACAUGGAUUUAUAGCGGAAGUGGUCACCGUGCCUAUAUCAACACUGGGACAAUAUCGUGAUGCCCUGCACAAUAUUACCGAUACCCAUAUUUCUGGUGCUAUGAAGGGUGCUGUCAGCUAUGCCUCAGCUGGGGAAGUCACGCCAACUUUAACACUCAUUGGCAAUCGAAUUGAAAAGAAUUGUCGUCAACUUUAUGGCAAUUUCUCGACCUGUUCAUCCGCUUUGAAUUUAGAUGUACAAAAUAUGAAUUCAUUGUACUUUAUGAAUAAUCUGUUAAUGGAAAAUCAAGGAGGUUUACGUAUACGUGCCGAUUCGAGGGGAACAGCCACUUCGUUGCGUGGCUUUGUCCAUCAUAAUCUUUUUGUACGUAAUGGAAAUCGUCCAGCCCUCUUUGUCGAAGGACGCCAAUCGUCGCCGUAUCAAGAAGUGGAUUUAUAUAGAAAUUACUUUGCCCAAAAUAUGGCCGGCUAUGAGGAUGUUAUACGUUUGCGUCAGGUUGUCUCCAAUUUUAGUUACAACUAUGUGCACAGUAAUAUCGGUGGUCGUAUUAUGGAGGUAUCCGGUUUUGAAAAAGUUCGCUUACAAAUCUAUCAGACAACGGCUCACAAUGGUUUCUAUAGGAAUUUUGCCACAAAUUGGAUGACAAGAGCCACCAUAGUGGCUGGAACAGCGGGCCAACAAUAUGCGGAUAAUAUUUUCGAAAACUAUGAAAAUGAUUAUGAACUCUUGACUGUUAAUAAUUCCAUCUUAAGUUUUGACUAUGAGAACAGAACAUUUGAGACCUGGAGCUCAAAGAUUGAUGCACGUCAUAAUUAUUGGAGUUAUAAUAAUACCAUAUCGGUUCAAUCGCGCAUCAGAGAUAAAUCGGAUGAUCCCAUGCUUCUGGAGGUUUUGGCUGUACCCUUCCAAAUGAACAAUGAAACAAUAUUGGAUGGCAAAUGUCCACCUGGCUGGGCUUUGGUACAUGACACUUGCUUCAUUUAUGUGGGAGCUCCAAUGACUUUCCAUGAGGCACGUGAUUUUUGUCGCUCGGAGAAUUCAUCGAUGCCUUUCUUGAGAACUGAUAAGCUAACUCUAUGGAAGUAUCUACAAAGCCAAAUGAGACAUUUAAAGUAUCCCGAAAAGGUUUGGAUACAAGACUAUAAUCAUAUAGAGCGUUGCACGAGUUUUGUUUUCGGUGAAAUUGAAGUGGAAGAUUGUGCCAAAGAGAAGGGUUUCAUCUGUGAAAUGGAUCCAAGGGUGAUAAUUGAUCCUUUGUCAUGGCGUGCGGAUAUUUUUGCCAUCAGUAUUAUUUCGGCAUUCGUUUUGGCCAUUAUUCUAUUGAUUUUGGUUGCCUUCUGUUGGUUUGCCAAAUCGAAGCAUCGUCAUGUCCAACGUUUGCAGCGACGUAAUAGCAUACGUCAAAGUUUACGUAGUCUGAACAGCAUCGAUCCGCAAGGAUCAUUAAGGAGAAGGCCAAAUUAUAACAUGUCAAGCAAUGGAACAUUGUCCAAAACUCCCGAUUAUAAACAAAUGGUGGCCAAUGGUUCCAUCGAUUCCAUGAACAAAAGUGUUCUCAGCUCGGAUGCGGGAAGUUUUGAGGGUUAUGAGCCCAAGACGCAUUACAAUGAGUAUGUCAAUCAGAAUGCUUUGCGUCCGCUUCAUUCGGAUCAGCAAGGAUCACCGUUGGCGACGGGUGGCAAAGUAGCCACCAUAUCAAAGGCCAGUGGACAUCGAGCUCGUGCCGUUGCCGCUGCUCUGGAACCCGAUGCUUUCGAGUUGAGCUAUCGUAACGAGGGAUUCCGUGAUAAUUCCACUUACGGCGGAAACGGUGGCACACGUACCAAUUCCAUUAGCAACAGCAUGGCCGAAGAUACGCCGAUUAUUCAUCACACAGAUGGUGAAAUCGAGGAAGCUGGUUCAGAUUAUUAUGGCAAUGCCAGCACUUUGCCUCUGCGCACAGAAAUGGCAGGCACCCGAGCCCCUAUCGUUGGUGGUGGUCGCCGCGGACAGCCAGGGCUAGCUUUUCUCAGUGAAUUGAAGCAGAAUCUUCCGGAAUAUCAACGUGAUAGUUCUCAUAGCAGUUUUAUGCCAUCAUCGUCAACGCAUCAGCGCAGCAGCGGUGAUUCACUGCCCUUCGAUCAAAAACUAGAUCAAUUCAAUUACUCCAACGAGUCGUCGCUUUAUCGUCCGGCACCGGUGGUGCAGCCAGCUGAUAUGCGUCGUCCCGAUUCGUAUUAUACGGCCGUACGUAGUAGUAAGGCACCCGCAUCACAUUAUCGUACACCACGUCCAUUGGCUCAACCGCCAGCUGUUCCGUCUCAAGCUGCAGCCUCCACCAAUCCAUCACGGCCAAAGACUGUCUAUCAGGAGGCAAGGCCCUCCUCAUCCCCCACACCUGUACCUCAGCAAAUCAUUAAUCCAAGUCCCUACCAUCGUUCCAAAUCGGAGGCCCUGUUAGAGACCGAUUUCGAUAAUGAUAAUAGUGAUAAUGGGGGAGGACUGCAACCUCUGCAGACAAAUGGUCGUAGCCACAGUCAGCCCCUGGAGACGGCCAUGUAAAUCGAUCAAUCAAUAUGGUCCUAGCAAUAAUUCUCGAGAUUACUCGUAUCUUUAGCCUGACGAACGACCCCACACGUUAAUUUCUUUAUUUUAUUAUUAUUAUUUUUUUAAUUUUGUGUAAACUUAAAUCAUUCCAUCCAUUAGUUUAUAACGAAGAAACGCGAUACGCAUAAAAGACACGAUUUAGUAUUAAUAUUGUUGUAUAUAAAUUUACAU